CGCCCCCUCAGUACAAAAACAACUUUCGGGCGCAGCGGAACACAGCACGGAAUCGAGCGGAGAAAAGACGGCGUGUGUGUGAUCGAAAAUGCAAGUUAAGUGUCGCGGUCGCGGGAAAUUGUGUGAAUGUGUUUUGUUGCUGCGGAAAAGCAUCGUUGUUAAAUAGAGGCCACUGUGGAUUUGCCAAUAUCUAAUACAAUGCAAAUGCGGAAAAAUCGUGUUUAAAGCAUUUGGUGAAUGAAAUGUGCGAAAAUACAGAUGAAAAUAGCUUGAGAUAUAUCUAUUUGGAGUUGGAAUAGAAGAAAUUCCACGAAAUACAAGUGCGGCAAAUUUUCGUGAGUGCGGAAUAUGUCCGGUUGGUUGUGUGUGUGUAAAAUUCACGGUAAAUAAAUAAAUAAAAUUUGUGUACACACACACGCAUAUGCAUACACACACACAGUCCUAAUAUUUAUAUAUAUAUGAACGUAUAUAUAUACAGCAUGUUGUGAAGUUGCGGCGCAAAAAGAAAGCACGCGAAUAAAACAUAAGAAAAAUUUAAUUACGCCUGCGUCUGGGAAAGUGCGUCGUUCUAUUUUGAAAUCGAUACCAAAAUAAAAUACAAAAAAAUAAAAUCUAAAAGAAAUAGGUGACAAAACAACAACAAUGCCGAACAACAACGGCGUUGCAAAGGGAUCGGCGACGACUAAAUGCAUCAUUGAGAUCACGUGAAAUGAUCAUCGAGUGCCGCGAAGGUGUGAAAGUAAAAAUCAUGUGAAAAAUGUGAGAAAAAGUGAGGAAUGCUAUGUGACAACAACCACAAAUACUUGCAAACAAAAGAGCAACCGAGCAAACAACAACAACCACAACAACAACAACGAGAAAAUCAAGAAAAAUGAUAACCUAAAUAAAUCAAAUUGCUAGUCAGAAAAAAAGAAAUAACAACAAGAAACCAGAGAGAGAGGGAAAUUAAGUUAAAGAAGUGAUCCGAAUUUCGAUCCCGAGCUCAUUUUCUCUCCCCCUUGUAUAUCUCUACCUCUCUGCACUACGGUAUUUCCCCGAAUUUACAAUUUUUCGGGUUUCCUUUUGCCACCGAAGAAAGCUUUCGCCAAAAAGCUGGAAAGAAAGUGCUAAGGCCGUAGUCGAGAUACAAAUAUUAUCAAAACGUGUUUGAAAUUUAUAACAAUAAAGAAAAGCGAGUCCGAGAAGAAGGCAAAUAUAUAUUGUCUUGUCUCUGUCAUUCAUUAUUCUCGCCCGAGGUUUUCUGUGUGCAAAGAAUAAUCAACAAUCUCACAAGCGAAGUGUCCAAAACUAAAAGUUGCAAAAGCGUAAAGAAAUAGAAGAAAAACCGGAGAAAAAUAGCAUUCCAACUGACGACAUAAAAAACAGAAUAAGAAAGAAAAACUGAAGUUAAAUUUUAUAUUUUGUUGCUUGUAUCCGCUGCAAAAGCGUGCGAGAGUGGGACGCAAGAUGAUUACCUAGCGGCGGGAGCGCGAAAGGGACCCGCUAAAAAACAUCAACAACAACAAAAAAUACAAUAAAAUCAAAGAAAACACCGGAAAAUGUUCAAUAUGCAACAUCGGGUGGCAAAAGGUAAAUUAAAGCGCGAAAAAAUCAAGAUGGAAAACGAUAUGGCAACAACCACAACAACAACCACUGAUGAGGUAUUAUCAACACCUGCAAUAUUAACAACAACAACAGCUCUCACGCUUGGCAACGUUUGCGUUUUGUGUCGUAAAGAAAUGUUGCUGGAUACAUGUUGCUGUCGGGAAGCAGUGGAGGUAGUCGAGACACCCGCAAGCAGUGAAGAACCUAACAGCAGCCGCAGCUGUAAAACAAGCAGUGAAAGCAGUGCGGAUGGUAACGGCAUUUUGAAUUCGCUAUGUAAAGCGCGCCGCAACAUCUUAUCAUUUGCGGCAUUUUGUGAAAGACUAUGCCAUACCGCAAAUGUUGAAACAACGGGUGGCAAAAAGCGGGGGGUUAGAUGUAGUGGAAAUCGCUGCAACGAUGAAAACGACGCCAGCAGCACGAAAAACAAUCGAAGGCAGCGCGAAAAACUAAAUGUGUUUAGCAAUUGCCACAAUAUUCUGCGAACGUUGCAAUCACUAUUGCUGCUGAUGUUCAACUGCGGUGUUUUUAACAGGCGUCGCAGGCGACGACAGCAACAGCCACACAUUAAUGUUAAUUACACGAAAUUCCUAAUGCUGUUGCUGGCAGGCCUUAAUCUUCUGGUCAUUCAUGCAGCUGCAUCAUCAGUCGCCUUGCAACAGCACCAACAACAAAAGCAUCUGCCACAUAAUGAUAUAACGUACGAUAUAGAUAAAACGGCAAUAUCGGUAGCAACGCAUUCGCGGCCGACUAGAAGCGAUUCAAACCAAACUAUGCGACUGUCACAAAGUGUUCAACCCUGCAAAUCCAUUGAUGUUAGAAACGUGCCAUCGGCAUUCAGCCAAUUAGAGAACUGCACUGUCAUCGAGGGCUUCUUGUUGAUCAACUUGAUAAGCGACGCCAGUCCACUGAACCGAUCAUUUCCAAAGCUAACCGAGGUCACGGAAUUCGUGGUAGUCUAUCGGGUGACCGGGCUGCAUUCGCUAUCAAAGGUCUUUCCCAACCUGAGCGUUAUUCGGGGACUGAAACUGAUAGAUGGAUACGCAUUUGUGGUCUAUUCCAAUAUGGACCUGAUGGACUUGGGGCUACCCAGGCUGCGAUUCGUGGGCGUAGGCGGUAUACGGAUAGAGAGAAAUCAUAAGCUAUGCUUCGAUAGGACCGUCCAUUGGCAGAAUAUUAUUGCUGAGAACUUGAACAAGUCACAGGUAGUGCUAGCGGAGAAUGGCAAGGAGGAGGAGUGCAAGCUAUCCAGGUGUCCGGGUGAAAUUCGAAUUGGGGAUAGUCAUGAUUCCACUGCAGUUGAGGGAGAACUAAAUGCGAGUUGUCCGUUGCUCGAUAAUAAACGCUUGUGCUGGGAUAGCAAAAUCUGUCAAACAAUUUGUCCUGAAAAGUGCAGAAACAACUGCAUCGAUGAACAUACCUGCUGCAGCGAUGCCUGUUUGGGUGGCUGCAUCAGGGAUAGAAAUGGCAAAGAGACCUGCAUCAGCUGUCGAAAUGUGUCGUGCAACAACAUCUGCAUGGACUCCUGUCCCGCAGGCUAUUAUAGGUACGACAGCCGUUGUGUUACGGCGCACGAGUGCCUAAAUCUAUCAAAGUUUGACCCUUCCGGCGAGCAUUUCGGUGUUACUUUCGAUGGGCAAUGCGUUACACAGUGCCCAUUGGGUUAUAAGAAGUCGGAGAACAAAACAACGUGCGAGGCUUGCCCGGGCGGCAAGUGCGAAAAGGAGUGCCCCUCCAACCUCAUUGACAGCUUGGAGCGUGCAAGGGACUUCCACGGAUGCACCAUUAUAACAGGAGAUGAGCCCCUGACUAUUAGCAUUAAACGUGAAAGCGGCGCUAACGUAAUGGAAGAAUUAGUACACGGACUGGGUGCCAUCCAUAAAAUUACAUCCUCCUUGAUGGUGCACCUGACCUACGGUUUGAAAUCGUUGAAGUUCUUUCAAUCCCUGACCGAAAUAUCUGGCGAUCCGCCGAUGGAUGCUAAUAAGUUUGCAUUAUAUGUGCUGGAAAAUCGGGAUCUGGAGGAGCUCUGGGGACCCAAUCAGACGGUGUUCAUUAGGAAUGGCGGCGUCUUCUUUCAUUUCAAUCCAAAACUGUGUGUAUCCACGAUCAAUCGACUGCUGCCCAUGUUGGCCUCCAAGCCGCAGUUCUUUGACAAGCGCGAUGUUGCUACAGACUCCAACGGGAACCGAGGAUCUUGUGGAACCGCGGUUCUCAACGUAACAGUGCAAUCGGUAGGAACGUAUAGUGCCAAGCUAAAUGUCACUACAAAGGUGGCGAUAGGAGAGCCACUAGAGCCGACCAAUGCGACUGUGAUUUUUAAGGAUGCUCGUGCGUUCAUUGGCUUUGUUUUCUAUCAUAUGAUUGAUCCCUAUGGUAACGCAUCCAAGAGCAGUGACGAUCCAUGCGACGAACGCUGGAAGGUUAGCACUCCCGACAAGGCCGGUGUCUUAGUUUUGGGCGAUUUGACUCCCUACACAAACUACUCCUACUACGUCCGCACCAUGGCCAUAUCCUCAGAAUUGGUUAAUGCCGAAAGUGAGGUGCAGAACUUUAGGACAAAUCCCGGACAACCGUCCAUGGUGACAGAGGUUAUGGCCAACGCCACUUCAGAUUCCAAAAUUAAUGUCACCUGGAGCUAUCUUAAUCCGCCCUACGGCGUACUAACACGCUACUUCAUUAAAGCCAGAUUAAUAAGCCGGCCAACACGGAAUAACAACCGGGAUUACUGCACUGAACCUCUCGUCAAGGAAAUGGACAAUGACGAGCCCGCCAAGGUUCCCAGCAAAAAAACCACGGACCUAUCAUCAGGCGACUGCAAAUGCGAGAAUAAUUUGAAAAAGACCCCGAAAACAUCUUAUGACGACCGUAAUGUUCAAGCCGGAAUGGAGUUUGAGAACGCUUUGCAGAACUUCAUAUUCAUUCCAAGAUCUCGGAAGAACACGACUGGAUCGAGUGGCGAUAAAAAGCCAAGUGAUGGUGCAGCUCUCGAUUCCAAUGCAAUUCCAAAUGCUGGGGACAAAAAGAAGCCCUCGCGUCGCAAGAGAGAGAUUAGUUUGGAGCCGGAGUUCGAUGAUAUGGAGGGCAGUGUACUGCUUCGUCAUGUUCGAUCUAUUACCGGCGAAAAGGAAGUCAGUUCCGAGAAGGAAGACGAAAGGACCUUUAAGGACGAAGCUCUCUUGUCAGCCAAUGGGCAAUUCUAUGAGGUGUUUGCCAAGGAAUUGCCGCCAAAUGCUACCUCUUUCGUCUUCGAGAAUCUGCGCCACUUCACCCGCUACUCCAUCUUCGUGGUGGCCUGUAGAGAAGAAAUUCCCAUUGAAAAGAAUAAGGAAUUCGGGGUCAAGCUUUGCAGCAAUUACGAAACUGUCUUCCAAACCACAAAGAAGAGGGAACUCGCUGACAAGGUCGAAGAUCUAAAGGUGGAUCUAGAAAACGCCAACAACACGGACUCCUCGGUGCGGAUUCGCUGGAGCCCACCAUCAGAUCCAAACGGGGAAAUUGUCACCUACGAAGUGGCCUAUAAGCUCCAGAAGCCCGAUCAAGUGGAGGAGAAGAAGUGCAUUCCCGGGGCGGACUACAACCAGACCGCUGGCUAUUUAGUAAAGCUCAACGAGGGUCUUUACAGCGUUAGGGUUCGAGCAAACUCGUUAGCAGGAUUCGGCGAGUACACGAACUUCGAAUACAUAGAAGUGGAGCCACCUCCGAGUUAUGCCAAGUACAUUUUGUGGUCAGCGGGAAUCGCUUGUGUCAUGCUGAUCUUCUUCCUAAUGGCCUACGUUCGUCUCUUGCGCAAGAGGGGUCCCUCCAAUGACCUUCAUAUGAACACCGAGGUGAAUCCAUUCUAUGCGAGCAUGCAGUAUAUACCCGAUGACUGGGAGGUGCUGAGGGAGAACAUCAUUCAGUUGGCACCACUGGGCCAGGGAUCCUUUGGCAUGGUGUACGAGGGUAUCCUGAAGAACUUUGGCGUCAGUGCGGUGGAUUAUCAGUGUGCCAUCAAAACGGUCAAUGAGAAUGCCACGGAUCGCGAGCGUACCAAUUUCCUGAGCGAGGCAAGCGUGAUGAAGGAGUUCAAUACCUAUCAUGUUGUUCGAUUGCUGGGCGUCUGCUCCAGGGGGCAACCGGCUCUGGUGGUCAUGGAGCUGAUGAAGAAGGGCGAUCUCAAGUCCUAUUUGCGUGCCCAUCGUCCCGAGGAACGGGAUGAGGCCAUGAUAACGUAUCUUAAUCGGAUCGGUGUCACUGGAAAUGUGCAGCCUCCAACCUAUGGACGGAUCUACCAAAUGGCCAUUGAGAUUGCAGACGGUAUGGCAUAUUUGGCGGCUAGGAAGUUCGUGCAUCGUGAUCUUGCAGCGCGUAAUUGCAUGGUGGCUGAUGAUUUAACGGUUAAGAUCGGUGACUUUGGCAUGACAAGGGAUAUCUAUGAAACGGAUUAUUAUCGCAAGGGAACCAAGGGGCUGCUGCCAGUGCGUUGGAUGCCACCGGAGAGCUUGCGAGAUGGUGUCUACUCCAGUGCCAGUGAUGUGUUCAGCUUCGGUGUGGUUCUUUGGGAAAUGGCCACUUUGGCCGCACAGCCAUAUCAAGGUCUGUCCAACGAACAAGUCCUGCGCUUCGUUAUCGAUGGUGGUGUCAUGGAAAAGCCGGAAAACUGCCCGGCCUUGCUGCACGAACUAAUGCAAAGAUGCUGGCAGCACAGGUCCUCGGCUAGACCUAGUUUCCUUGACAUCAUUGCAUACCUCGAACCGCACUGUCAGAACCCCCAGUUCAAGGAUGUGUCCUUCUAUCACUCGGAGGUGGGUCUGCAGCAUCGUGAAAAGGAGCGCAAGGAGCGCAGCCAGAUGGAUGCAUUCGCAGCGGUCCCGCUAGACCAAGAUCUGCAGAAUCGAGAACAACAGGAGGAUGCAACUACUCCAUUGCGAAUGGGUGAUUAUCAAGGCUACAAAUCCAACAUGGAGCAGAAUUCCUCGUUGGAUCAACCGGCUGAGAGUCCCAUUGCCAUGGUUGAUGAUCAGGCUACCCACUCACCCUUCAGCCUGCCAUCGGGAUUCAUAGCCAGCAGCACUCCUGAUGGUCAAAAUGCAAUGCCCACCGCUUACCAGAAUCCAAUAGGAGCGCAGAGUCAGGAUGCAGCCUCGGCCUACGUUAUGCCCGAUUCGGACGCCUUGGAUGGGGACAGGGGCUAUGAGAUGUACGAUCCGAGUCCGAAAUGCGCCGAACUGCCAACGAGCCGAAGUGGCAGCACUGGCGGCGGUGGCAAGCUGAGUGGAGAGCAACAUUUGCUGCCAAGAAAAACCCGGCAGCCGGUGAUCAUGAGCAGUUCCAUGCCGGAUGAUGUAAUCGGUGGAUCCUCGCUUCAGCCCUCAACGGCAUCGGCAGCUAGCUCCAACGCCAGUUCCCACACCGGCCGCUAUCCUAGUCUCAAGAAAACGGUGACAGACACGCUCCGCAACAAGGCCAACAUAUUGAAUCGCCAUCUGUUCAACCACAAGCGGACUGGCAGCAAUGUCAGCCACAAGAGCAACACCUCCAAUGCUCCCAGUACCAGCAGUAACUCCAACUUGACAAGUCACCCGGUGGCCAUGGGAAAUCUGGGUACCAUUGAGAGUGGUGGUAGUGGUUCGGCUGGCAGUUACACGGGGACACCACGCUUCUACACGCCAACGGCCACGCCAAGCGGAGGAGGUGGCGUCGGCGGCAGCGUUAUGGGCAUUAGCGAUAAUCCUAACUAUAGGUUACUGGACGAAUCAAUGGCCAGUGAUCAGGCCACCAUCCUUACCACCAGCAGUCCCAAUCCCAACUAUGAGAUGAUGCACCCGCCAGGCAGUCUAAUAAGCACCAAUCCGAACUAUGUGCCCAUGAAUGAGCCACCAGUUCAGAUGGCCGGUGUGGCCAUCAGCCACAACCCGAAUUACCAGCCCAUGCAAGCGCCGUUAAAUGCACGCCAAAGUAGCUCCGACGAGGACAACGAACUGGACGAGGAGGACGACGAAGAGGAGGACGACGAUGUGGACGAUGAGCAUGUGGAGCACAUCAAAAUGGAGCGGAUACCAUUGAGUCGGCCGAGGCAUAGGGCGGUGCCCAGCAAAUCCCAACCGCCACGCAGUCGCAGCGUCAGCCAGACGAGAAAGUCGCCCACAAAUCCAAACUCUGGAGUGGGGACGACGACAGGAGCUGGAAACAUGUCCAACCUGCUCAAAGAGAGCUGGCUGCGGCCGGCGAGUACGACUAGGCCUCCGCCACCCAAUGGAUUCAUCGGCAGGGAGGCGUAAUCGUUUAGAUCCCUAGUUCUGUAGUGUAGUGUAUAGCCGAUAGCCAGUGUAAAUAGAUGGAUGGAAGCUGUGUGGAAGCAAGAAUGAGGGGAUGCAAACUUUUGCCACAAGCCAAGCUUCCUUGACUCUGACUCUUCCCCCCCGAAUGCCGGCAACUUGGGGUGGUCCCCAGAGAGAUUUCUAUUCGAAAAGCAAUCUUUAGUAGCCUUUUUUCGUCAAGGAAAGUCUCAAAAACUACGUUUUCUAUAUAGAUAUAUUUUAAUCGUGUUGUCCAAAUUAUUUAAAUGAAAAGGAGUUAACAUUUUUGUGUUAAUCUCCUGUCUUUGGUUUCAAACCAACAUUUGUAAAAUUGAGAUUCAUAGAAUUUAAUUUUUCGAAAUAUUUAUUUAGACGUCUGUUUUUGCAACGACUUAAUUAUAUAUUAAAGGAAGAGUAACAAGUUAUGGAAAACAAGACUAAAAUGCUGGAAAUAAGCGAAAAGGAUUGCUUUUGAGACAGAGAUUCUUGAUGUGGGAAUAUCGAACCACCCUAACCGCACAUGUAUCAUACCAAUAGUUUUGAUUAAGCCUAUUUAUGUUUACGUAUUCGUUUAGUAUUUACUCUAUUUUUUGUUUGUUUAUAUUAAUGAACUAGAGCCGUUAACGCAAUACAAAACGAGAGCAGAGAACGAUAGUGAAAGCAGAGAAAAGCACCAGAAUGCAGUAGUAAGCAUUAGUAAGCAGUAGUAAGCAGUAGAAAGCAGUUAAACAGAAACAGAAACAGAAACAGAAGAAAACAAACAAAAGAAAAACAAGUCCUACAUGCAAAUAACAAAAGUACAAAAGCCAACAACCAACCAACCUAAGUACCGUUUAAAUAGACAUACAAAUUCUACCAAUUAUAACUUAUUACUCAUACCUACUACUACGUAUAUUAAUUAUGAUAAUUUUUUAAUUAGUACCUACCAAAUCGCAGUUAGUACAGGCGGCGAGAGUAAGAGGAAUCACACAGAAUAACGGAAUGAAUAGCAAGAAAGCCCGGAAAGUAGAUGAAAAACUACACAGCAAACAAGCAAUACAAAAACAAAUACAAAAAACAACAACAACUGUCUUCACUGAGUUAGCUAGCGUUAGUGUCUAAUUACCCAAACUAAACAAACUAAGCGUAACUAAAUUUAAAUGUUACUAAAGAUCAUAUUUUUUUUUAGAAAUGCAUGUGGAAAAUGCCUUGCAAUUUUAGCACGUUUACCCCUGAUUUUUGUUUAUAUAUUAAUAUAUAUAUAUAUUAUAUAUAUCUUUUAAGGCAAGUGGUAAGUGUUGCUCGAUUGUUCAGAUUUCACUUAUAGUUUCUUCUCUUUUUUUUAUUACCUAAUUGUAAUUAAUUUAUUAUUUAAAUGGCAAAUGUUUGCUUUGCUCUAGAGGAAGUACCACCAUUUCAUCACUUUUCUAAGCCAAGAAGAGCGAAAGAACCUAAAAAGAAAGGCUUUUGUUCAAUUUUUUUCUAAAUUAAUUUUCGUUGAAGCCAAGCUUCGGAGAAAGGAAGAAAAGAAUGUAAGAGAAAGUGGAAACCAUAACGUAAUUUCAAACUGAGAGCUUAACUAACUGAUGCAUCAUAAUUAUUGUAUACAAACAAUCUGCUGUCGUUUUUUAUACAACACAUGCUAUCAUAUAUAUCCAAUAUAUAUAUAUACGAAGCAAAAGCAUUUUAUGUACUAACUAACUAUAGUUAAACCAAGCAAAAACUUAAUGAAAAACAGAAAAGAGAAAACAGAAAAAACUCCAUAGACUCAUUUAUAUACAAAAAAAAGUUUGCACUAAGGAUUUAAAAUAAUAAUCUGCCAUACGCCAUUAACAACUCAAAUAUGAACAAAAAACCGGACGGAUUUUGUUUUUCUUGAAUUUAAUUCUUUGAAUUCAACAAUAGAUCAUAGACGAAAACAAUAGACAAAUUGUAUACCAUACACCCAUAUACCAUAUACCAUUUACCAUUUACCAUUUACCAUUUACCAUAUAUAUUUACAUAUAAUCAAGAACUGAACGUGAUAUGUUUGCUGAGUGUACUAUCCUGACAGUUCUCCAAAUCCGAAAAACUACAAAACUGAAAAACUACAAAACCAGAAAAGCACACAACAUUCUUUUGAUUGAAAAUCGGAAAAUAAGCAAUAAACAAAGCCCACUUUAGCAACAGCAACAGAAACAACAAAAACAACAUUUACAUUAUCGAAAUCAAAAACAACAACAACAACAACAACAACAACUGCAACAAAUGGAAUUUUUAAACGAAAAACAACAACUACAACAAAAGUAUUCGAUAUUUGCCUUCGCUCUUUAUAUUAUUAUAUAUAUUUAACUAUACAACAAACACAUAUAUUUAACGACUAAAUGAAAAGCAAAGAAAAGCAAAAGCAAAAACACACGCGCACGUGCAAGGGUUCUUUGUUUUUUGUUUUUUAUUUUAUACAUAGAUGCAAAGCGAAAACAAGGAAACUAAAUAUUUAAAUGAAUUAUACAAAUUACUUAGUUUAUAGGCAUUGUAAGAGAGGAGGAGCAGCGGAAGUUUGGAGAGAAGGUUAGGGAGGAAACCUUGAACUAAUUUUAAUAUUUAAAAUAUAAAAAAAGAGAAGGAAGAAGAAACUAGUGCUAAUUAUAUAAACAAAACUGGGAAGCAAGCGAUAUUUACACUGAAAACUGAAGUAAAAAAAUGAUUAAAAAAAAAAAACAAAAGAAACAAAAACAAAAACAAAACAAUUAUAUUAAUUUAACUAUGUAAUACGCUAUAUAUAUAUAUAUAUAUAUACUAUAUAUGCAUAACGAAACAAUAGAUAUUCUACACAAAAACACACACACACACACACAGAGACACCCAUACACACACACACAUUUACAUACAUUACACAUACACACACUAAAAAGACUGAAAGAUAUAGUUCCUUUUGUUUUUAUGUACAUAAAAAAAAAGAGAAAAGAGAAAUUCUAACGAAAAUUGUAAACUUAAAGCGAUGCGAGAAGCCAGGUGGGAAGAACGUAAAAACAAUUAAUGGAAUUAUACAUUAAACAAGUAAAUUAAACUAUAAACUAUAUUAAAAAAAAAGAAAACAAAACAAAACAAAGCAGCAGAAAAGCAUUAUGCGGCAUCAUGUAACAUGUAUAUUUAGUAGUCGAAUUAACUAAAUUGUUGUAACAUAAAGUGGAAAUACGAGCGCUUACGCGUCAACGCCAAAUAUAUCAACUACUUAUAUAGCUAUAUAUAUAUAUAUACUAUAUACUAUAUACUAUAUAUAUUCUGGAUAGUUUGGCUUUGGAUCGCAGUCGCUCCUCGCUGCUUUAAUGUAUAUACACGCGAACAUCUAUUUCAAUAAAGAGUACCAUUUAAACAAAUUAUUGUAAACUAAAUACACAUAAACAUUGUAAACACAACAGAAAACGAUAAAACAAAAAAUAAAAAGCUUCAAUAUUUUUAUUAUUUCUAAUUAAAGCUAAUUGUAAAAAUAAUGCUAAGUUAAUUGUUUCCUGUUUGUUUAAGCGAAAAAAAAAAUAAAAUAAAAUAAAAAACAAAA